AUGGCAGACAAACGGUUAAUUUCGCCGGCAAAAUCGGACUACGUUGAUGUAGCCGAAGACAAUGAGUCAGUUGAAGGUAUUAGUGAGAUAUUAGAGCAAGUGAGUGUAAGCCAAGCACCAUCACCAGUUCCAGUCGACUCUCAGGCAGAAGGUACCAGUGGAACAACACUCCAGGUACCCGAAAAGGCAACAACAUCACGUGACAGGUCCAAGUCACCACCUGCACUGGCAAACACCACGUUAUUUAAAUUGACGUCUCAAAUGUCCAGGUAUGAGCAGCUUCAAUUUAUGCACCAAGACGUGGCUGAUCUUGUGCGACAGCCUGCUCUCGUCACAAUGCCCAUAAUCGAGGCGAAACUGUCACAACUCAACGACCUCUGGACAUACUUCGUGGUGGAGCAUGAGGCAUUAGGAGUCGGGUGUCGGUUGACACUAUUUAAACAUCAGUAUAUGACCGACAGAGUGUACGAAAGUGCGUUACGGCUGCAUUAUCAUAUAGAGUCAACUCUCCAUCGUGUAAAAUCAGAGCUACACGAGAAAGACAUCCAGAAGGCCAUCGAUGAUUACAAAGCCUCUACAAAGCAGUCAACUCCAAUCAUCUACCGACAGGCAACUCUCCCAGAGAUCCCUCUCCCAACAUUCGCAGGCGACUCAUCAACGUGGACGCAGUUUCGGGACAUGUUUACGUCCCUCGUCCACGAUCGGGAAGAUCUCAGACCAGUAGCCAAACUACACUACCUGAAGGCCAACGUAUCAGGUCCCCCACUUCAACUGAUCCGUCAUGCGGUGAUGAAUGAUGAUGGGUAUGAGCCAGCAUGGAAUCAGCUCAAGGCCAGGUACGAUGAUCCAGAACAACUCAUCUUUGCCCAUAUCAAGGAUCUGUUCAGUGUGACCACACCAUCAUCAAAGUCAGCUGAACAACUCGAUAACCUGGUAGGCGUGGUACGCCAAAACUUAGAUGCCUUGAAGGUACUCAAUGUCCCAGUCGACUCAGCAAACUACUUCUUGAUAUACCUGGUGGCCAGUAAGCUUGAGCAGCCGCUACGUGAGUCAUGGGAACUCGAGCGAAGUAGGUCUCGCUCACCGACAACUCUAGACAGUCUACUCAACUUCAUCUCUACUAGGGCACGUGCGAUGGAGUCAGCUCAAGAUGCAGCCCGUCAAGCAAAACGGUGGCCUACUCCAGUGAUCACCAGAAGGUCCAGAUCACAACAACAGUCUACUCAACCGCAGACGACUCACCCACAGACAACUCGAGCCUCCAGGCAUGCGGCGCAAAAACGACAAGCAGACUACCCGUGUGAUCAAUGCAGCAGUUUGGAUCACUACUUGGUUGACUGCAAAGCGUUCGCAGGACUGUCACAACACGAAAGGUACAAGCUGGUCCUCGCAGCACGGCUGUGCUUCAAUUGCUUCGGUCACCACUCCAUCCAGGUGUGCCAGUCAGAGAAACGAUGCAGCACGUGCAAUUUAAAGCACCACUCAAUGAUCCAUACGCCCAGGACAGAAUCUCUAAGAAAAAGAGGAUAUGGACCAGGCCAAGAACCGCAGCCUACUCACAGCAGCCAACAGCCAUCAACCUCCCAGCAGUGA